AUGCGGCAACAACAUCCAGCAAUUCUUGGAAAUAACAAUGCAAAUCUCCCUCAUAUUGUUAAUAUUUUUAUUGAUGUACUUGCAGCUGAAAUAUUACCGGAAGAUACAGCUACAAGGAUGGUUAGUGCUUUAAAAGUUAUUCUAAACAGUUUUACAGAAGAAUAUAAAACAACAUUAUGGAAUUCUAUUGAUCCCGAUAAACAAAUGACUUUACAGUAUCAGUUUAAUUUUGGUGGAAAAGAUGAAAAAACGGGAUUACCAACAUUAUCAUUUAGACCUCAAAAUGUCACAGUGGUUAAAGGUGACACGAUUGUAUGGGUCUUUGAUGGUGGAAAUCAUAAUGUAGUUCAAUCAGAUGGACCUGAUGGUUCAUGCGAAUUAUCAACCGCACCUGAUGCUUGUAAGUAA